CUGACCUCACUUGACAACGGCUACAAGAGUGGCAAGUGUGUGCCAAAAGUACCAGUGAUGGAGGCAGAUCAAUUUGAGCUGCAGGUGGAAUUCCCUCACUACUGUGCUUCUCUGCUUUCUCAGUUAAACAAACACCGGCUGGGAGGCCAGUUCUGUGACGUCAUCAUACGCUCACAUGAUGGAGCCACAUUCCAUGCACACACGGCUGUCCUGGCUGCUGCUUCUCGCUACUUCCACGAUCAGUUUUUGCUUCUUCGACGACCAGGACAUGCUGGGACAGACGGGGAGUUGCAGAUGAUUCUUCCGGAGGCAGUGACGGCAAGUGUCUUUGAGAGAAUGCUGGAGAGUGCAUACACUGGAAACCUUAGGAUAGCACUGGAGAACAGUGGAGCAGGGAACUCUUCAUCACUCUCAGCAUCAUCUAUCACUGCAAAACUUACUGCGUACCUUACUGCUGCUAGUUUCCUGCAGAUGUGGCAUGUGGUUGACCGUUGUAAUGAGCUUCUCCAAAAAAGUGGGGGAUCCACAGCAUCUACUGACUCUGUGGUUUCUGCCUCAGCUAACAGUGAAGCCUCCAUUUCGCACACCAGUGGGGCCAUCUUCCGACCCUUGUCCAAUAGGUCUAGUGAAAAUCAGUCUCCAUCUUCAUCAACAAAUACUAAUAUCCAAAUUGGCCAUUGUUCUUCCUGGGAGAAUGUGCCAGAAGAGAGGACAGAUACCUUAGGAAAGCAAGGUAGAACUCUUCCAAAGGACAGCACCUCCUCCACUUCAUUUCAGAAUUUGGCAUCAGAGGCUAAAACUGACAUCAGGGAUAUUAAAAUUGAACCUUCCGAAGAGGAAGAGGGGUUUAAAAUGGGAGACUGCAGCAUAAUAUCGGAUUCUAGCUGUAGCCCUAAACUUACCCUCUCCACUCCACUGUCCCAAACUUCGAGUAGUAACACACCUAGUGCGCCAGUACUUGAAGAGCUAAUGGAGUUAUCUGUGGUCUCAGAAUCAAUUAGCCAAACUGUGAACAACUCAAGACUACAAAAGCCUGAUUCUCAGAGGACAGCACAAACUGGCAUUUUCAUGGAGUCAUCUAAUCAUCCAGUUCCUAGGUCAGACUCUGGUUCAUUUGCUGAAAUUCCUGCAGUAGAUUCUGAGGGUUUUUCCAGCCAGAAGAAAACUUGCCUUAUAAAUGGCCACCAUCAAAGCAAUCAUUUGGAAUUGUCAACAGGAUUUUCUGUAACUCCUGGCAUUGUAAGCCAAACCAGUAUUAGUACUGGUGGAGCCCAUGGUAUUCCAGAAGAACUUACUUGUGGUAGUAUGGAUGCAGUAAAUAAACCUAAUGCUAAUGUUCACCAUUUCCCAGAAUUCUUUACUUCCAGCAAUAGCACUCCCAGCUUUUUGAGUCAAAGUGGCUCAAUACCAGCUGGGCAGAUUGACAGCAGAUCCCCUGGAGAAAUAUUGAGUACUAGCAAUAGCAACUGUCCACCUCCUUCUUCUGUGCCCUCUUUACUUCAUGCACAGGUAGAUAGGAUCUCAAGGUUUGGAAAGCGGAUUUUUGGGUGCCUUUGUGGUAAGAGAUUCCCUGACAGGGGCCGGAGGGAUCGUCAUGUACUCUUGAAGUUGAGUGCACGACCAUUUGGAUGCUCCCAAUGCAACAAAAGUUUUAAACUAAAGCAUCACCUUACUGAGCACAUGAUUGUACAUAUGGACAGACCUCUACAUGCGUGUGAUGGCUGUGGGAAGAAAUUUAAGAUGUUUGAGUGCUUUCAGCGGCAUACAGAAAACUGUCAGCAUCGAGUCAAGCAGCCUGACUGAGCCACAAAUCGCCCUGAAAACCAAAUGGAUCAGUUAAUCCAGUUAGACAGUAUACUGUAGGGCUCCAGUAAUAGAUGACUUUGACUGUUAGCCUCUAAACUUGCCAUUCUUUUUUAUCAUAGCUGGCCCCAUGUUAAAUUUGACAGUGCAGUUCAUUGAUUGAGGGAGGAAAAGGGUUUUCCAAGCAGUUUACCACAAUGUCCGCUUUCCUCAAAGUUCUCAGUGACUGUUUGCUAGCUUCUAGUUUUUCACACAAAUCAUGUUCCUCUUGAAAACCCCAAUGUUUUAUCCUGUGUUGAAAGUAUCAGGCCCAGAUUUGUAAGCUACUUAAAGUGGUUCUUGAAACCCAUUAGUAGGUGUUAGGAAUGAGUAUAUCAAAUGCAACAAUGAAGUAUCUGUAACAUUUGGUUCCUCCUCAGUAUCACAAUGUAAUGAGACAAUGAUAUAUAAUGUAAGAAACUAUUUAUAAUGAUAUAGAAGAAUAAUAGGUGUCUGUGGAAAAUAGCUGGAAGAUACAAUAGCAAAAUAAACCAAUGUCAUGUGAUUCUAAAUUGAUUA